AUAGGUUUAUUAGGGCAGGAAGAUAUGGUACAAUAUAAGCAGAAAAAGCAAAAAUCUUACAAAUAAAUCACAUUUAAGUGUGUUGACUCACAAAAUUUUUUAGUAAACUUGUAAUUCUAGACAAGCACUGUGGCAAGUUUAUUAAUAUUAUCAUUUGCUAAUUUAGGAAAGGGAGAAGAGCCAAAUGAAUUGUUGCAAAAUGGUAAAUUUUUAAUAUGAUGAAACACAAAAAGAAACUAAUAAUCAAAAGACAGUGAAAUGUCAAUUUCUUAGUUUUAAUAAUGUUUUAUAGAUAUAUAAGAUGCUGCCAAUUGAGGAAACUGGAUAAAGAGUAAACAGGACUUUUCUGUAUUAUUUUUGUAACUUCUUGUGAGUCUGUAACUCCCCUCCUCACCAAAAAGGAAAGCAAUAAAAAGUAGUAAGUCUAGAUAAGAAGGCAUUUUUGGAAACAGAACUGAAAGCACAGACACGUAAGCAAAGACGGUUGCUUUGCUAGGUUUCCGCAGGUUUGUAAGGAGUUAACAAAAAUUUUUAAAAUGCUUCCAGAAGUGUGCUUACAUACACACACUUUACUAAUAAAAAAGAUUGGGCUCUGAAAAGUAGCGUCCUAUUUUUAAUGUUUGAACUAAUGUUUUCCAGAGAGUUGCAUAGAGUGAAACAUAGCAUUGUUUGCGAAAUUCAAUUUUGUGAAAACCGCAAAAAUGAGUGUCUGCUCUUGAGAAAGGAAAACUUUUAUUUCUUGACAUCAUCAAAGAAAAAUGUGAAGGAUUUUAAUAUGAAAUGAACAAAAAUGUACAAAUCCUACCACCUCAUUGCUCAAAAAGAUUUUUUCCUUCAUCUAUUAAUAUGUCCCUAAAGAAGCUAGCUCACACAGACCUGGGGGCAUUCACAUGUCAGAAUAUCCCAUAAAGAUCUGGGAACACAUAUUUUUGGUGGAAAGAAUGUGCAGGGAAAGACUGCUUGUGAAACAGUUCAGAGUGAUGCAUUUAGUAAGGAUCCCCUUGCAAUAACAAAAUGUUAGCAUCAGAACAUUCUUGGGAGCCUUCAAAAGACACGUGACAUCAGGAACUCUUAAAACAAGUGAAAUUUUUUGGGGGGGUAACAGAUGGCAAAUAUUCUACUGUGGGAGAACUAAAAACACAGAUAAUUUCCAAAAUUGCCUUAUGGCACCCUACCUUAAAGUAUACUUUCCUAAUAAAAUUACAAGAGCAACAUAGACAUUUGCUUGGCUGGACGCUUCGUUUAUAUUUCCCUCUUAAAUAUUAAAAUUACAGCAAUGCGGCAUAAAAUAAAAGGAGUACUAGGGCCAGAAAGACGAGAGUUUCAAAUUCAGUUUCAAAUUUCAGACUCUCUCAGCUACUAGUUUUGUUACCUUAGACAAAUCAUUAUUUCUCUGAAUCUCAAUGACUUUGUUACCAAAAUGGGUAUAACAAUCCCCAUAUCUCAAGGUUGGUCCUAGAACUGAAAGGGAUCAUAUAUUUAAGAGUUUAGUAGAAUGUUGUGCAAAUACUGUUGUGAGCUGCCUCCCAGUUUUCCCAGAAGACACAGCAAGACCUUUCUUUCUCUGUUUGGUAUAAGGUGAAACAUGUGGCUAAGGAGUAAAAUUUUAAAAAGCAAGAGAAUCUAAUCCUAAAUAUACACACAUUUAUUUGUAGUUAUUUAUUUGGCUGCACCAGGUCGUAGCUGUGGCUGGAAGGAUCUUUUUCCUUGUUGUCGGUCACAUGCCCCAUCUUUCAGUUGUGGCAUGUGGGAUCUAUUAAUAGUUCCCCAACCAUGGAUCUGAAACCCAGACCCCCUGCAUUGGGAGCAUGGAGUCUUAACCACUGGACCACCACGGAAGUCCCAUCCAAUCCUAAUAUCAUUCCAAACAGUCUUUCCAUUAAUUAUGCAGUCACAUAAACUAAUACUUAAUAAACAUUAUUGGUAUUAUUCGGGAACCUGAAUAGGUUCUCUCUUGCAAGUCUGCUUUUUAGUUUAUCUUUAACUGAGCAAAACACGUCAUUAAUCCUUUUUUUCAGAUCAUAACGUAGUGUGAUCUUUUGGGGAUAUUAAGCACCUCUUGAUCCCAGGUAAAAACAAGUUUCAAUAUUUGUUCACAGGUCUUGAGAAAAACAGCGACAUGGAAAGAGAAAGAGCGCGAGGUUGGAGACUUUGUCUUUCCAAGGCUGAUGGUAUUAUAAUCCUCCGGCCAUGAAGCCACCUGUUGGUGUCUCUCUGCCCGGAGACCACAGUUCCUUAAGCCACGCCUCCCUCGCAGUGCCGCACUCCCGCCCUCAUGAACUCUAAAAGGUGAACAAGCCUUCUGAAAUCGCAGGUGUGGGCAGCAGACAAACAGCCCUUAGAAGGCAUUCGAGCCAGGUUCUUAACAUGGAAUCAUGGGCUUAUCCAGCGGGUCCUGGAACCUUCUACUGUCCCGGAUGCAAAGUUGUGUUGAAGUGUUUUCUGCCUUCUGCUCAGGAGGCUGCUCAACUGCCACUUCCCUCUGGAGGUCUCCUCCUGCCAGAGGUCUCGCCUACAGGAUCUCUCAUCACCUUUUUGUAUCUCCUGCGGAGCCUCACCGCAAUCUGUCAUUGCCUUAUUUGCUUAAAUCCGCCCACCCCACUAGAAGAUCAGCUUCCCAAAGAGCAGGACCUCUGGUCUUUCUCCAGGGCCCUGAAGCUGGUGGAUCUCGACAGAGACUCUCGGAGUGAAUGACAGGUCCGAGUCCAUCAGAUAUUGAACGGACUCUGUAUUUUCCCCCCAGCCCCGCCCCCAGCACUCUUCACCGGAAAUCAUUCCAAAAUCAUUCAUUUUGGAAAUAAGGCUUCCAGCGUUUCGACCGCACCCACCCACCUACGUUCCAACGGUUUGAACUGCCGCCCCGGCCCACUCACCCAAGCCCUCUAGGCCGGACAGUUUAGAGGUGACCGAGGCAGGGAUAGCCUCCAACGGGCACGCGCAUCAGUUCACAUUCCCGACCCCCGUCCUGGGGGCGGAGGAGCGGGGUGGGCCCCGCGGGCCUGGAGGAGCCGCCUCAGGAGGCCGCCCGAGCCUCCACCCUACUCGGGGUCCAGAGUCUCAUCUCCUCCGGCGGCGCGCAGCCAGCCGCGGGGGUCAAGCCCGUCGCGCAGCGCGCGCCGCCGCGACCACAAGUACUUCCGGGUGAGUGGGUCGCCGACCCUGUGGCCCCGCCCCUCCUCCGCCUCCGCCGCCCGCCGCUCGGGCUGCGGCUCCUCCCGGGGGCCGGUUCCCGCUGUCUCAGCCGCGGCGCCGAGGGGACACCGGCGUGACUGACUGACCGGCCGUCGGCGCCGGUAGCCGCCGCGCCCUGCCCGGCCCGCCUGGCCGGGGACCUGGGACCGAGUCCACCUUCCGCGCCCCUCGCCCUUCGCUCCGACAGGCUCCCGGACGGCGAGCCGCGCUCCGGCCCUUCCCGGCGGCGCCCGCAGCCCCAACCCGCGCCCGGACACAGGGCUGAAAACAGUGAAGUCGCAUUUCAUUGUUUAAAGACUAUUUAGAAGACAAGAUGGGGACUCCUGGUUCUGGAAGGAAAAGGACACCUGUGAAAGACCGAUUUUCUGCAGAAGAUGAAGCUUUGAGUAGCAUUGCCAGAGAGGCAGAGGCAAGACUGGCAGCAAAACGGGCAGCCCGGGCUGAAGCAAGAGAUAUCCGCAUGAGAGAACUGGAGCGGCAGCAGAAAGAGCACUCUCAUCAUUCCUUUGAUCGGAAAUGGGGACAGAUUCAGAAGUGGCUGGAAGAGUCGGAAAGGGCCAGGCACUCCCACAGACCCAGUCAUCAUCGUCCUUCUCUGGGAGUUGAGGAGGCACUGUCCAUUCGAAGUCUUGGCAGUCACAGGUAUGGUGCUCUUAAGGAUAGAUCAUCAAGACUUCCAUCAUUAAGUCAUUCUUACAGUCACUCUUACGGAAUGAAGAAGAGAUCUUCUGGUUCUCAUAAAGACCCACUGAGUGGCCUCUACUUUGACCAAAGAAACUAUAGCAGUCUUAGACAUAGCAAACCCACCUCUGCCUACUGUUCUCGGCAGUCCUCCUCCUUGUACAGCGACCCUCUGGCGACAUCCAAGAGCUACAGGGCCUCCUCCACUGUAAAUUCUGGCCUGCUGAGAAGUGCCAGUCUGGUGUCAUUGUAUAAUGGUGGAUUAUAUAACCCUUACGGUUCUCGAACUCCAUCUGAAUACAGUUUCCACUCAUCAAGAACGAGUUCAUCCCGAAGCAGUCCUGUGUUUAUCGACGAUGACACUGCAAGCGUUGCGUCUUCUGGUUGUGCCAGCCGUGGGCGAAGGGACAGCGUGGUUUCUGCCGCUGAUUAUUUUAGUCGCUCCAAUCGUAGGGGGAGUGUCGUCUCCGACGUGGAUGACGUGAGCAUCCCAGAUCUGACCAGCUUGGAUGAAAAAUCUGAUAAACAGUAUGCUGAAAAUUACACAAGGCCUUCAUCUCGAAAUUCUGCCUCAGCAACAACCCCUCUAAGUGGAAACUCAUCCAGGCGAGGAAGCGGGGAUACCAGCAGCUUAAUAGACCCAGACACCUCAUUAAGUGAAUUGCGGGAUAUCUAUGACCUUAAGGACCAGAUUCAGGAUGUAGAAGGGAGAUACAUGCAGGGGCUUAAAGAACUGAAGGAGUCUUUGUCUGAAGUGGAAGAAAAAUACAAGAAAGCCAUGGUUUCCAAUGCACAGUUAGACAAUGAGAAGAACAAUUUGAUAUACCAAGUAGAUACCCUCAAGGAUGUUAUUGAAGAGCAGGAGGAACAGAUGGCAGAAUUUUAUAGAGAAAAUGAAGAAAAAUCAAAGGAGUUAGAAAGGCAGAAACAUAUGUGUAGCGUGCUACAGCACAAGAUGGAUGAGCUUAAAGAAGGCCUCCGACAAAGAGAUGAGCUAAUUGAGGAGAAGCAGCAUAUGCAGCAGAAAAUAGACACCAUGACAAAAGAGGUGUUCGAACUCCAGGAGACGCUGCUUUGGAAAGAUAAGAGCAUUAGGGCCUUUGAGAAACUGAAAGAGCACGCGGGCUGCCUCAGGAGUGAGCGGGAUGCGCUCCGGGAGGAGCUGGCCACCCUGAAGGCAGCGGCGGAGGCGGGAGAGAAACAUGGCCUAGUCAUCAUCCCCGACGGCACUCCCAACGGCGACGUCCACCAGGAGCCCGCAGUCGGGGCCAUCACUGUGGUGUCUCAGGAAGCCGCCCAGGUCUUGGAGUCGGCGGGGGAAGGGCCGCUCGACAUAAGGCUACGAAAACUCGCUGGGGAAAAGGAAGAGCUACUAUCACAGAUUAGGAAACUGAAGCUGCAGUUGGAGGAGGAGCGGCAGAAGGGCUCCAGGAGCGACGGAGGCACAGCCGGCGACCUGGCGGAGCUACAGAACGGCUCAGACCUGCAGCUCAUCGAGAUGCAGAGAGAUGCCAACAGACAAAUUAGUGAAUACAAGUUCAAGCUUUCUAAAGCGGAACAGGAUAUAACCACCUUGGAGCAAAGCAUCAACCGCCUGGAGGGGCAGGUGCUGAGAUACAAAACCGCUGCUGAGAAUGCGGAGAAAGUCGAGGAUGAACUGAAAGCAGAAAAGAGGAAGCUACAAAGAGAGCUCCGAACAGCACUGGACAAGAUCGAGGAGAUGGAGAUGACCAACAGCCACCUGGCCAAGCGGCUGGAGAAGAUGAAGGCCAACAGAACCGCACUGCUGGCCCAGCAGUAGGCCCACCCGCCCAGCAGCGCAGGCCCCUCUCAGGGCUGUUUGGGCUUUGUCAUUCAGAUAGCCACUUGGUAUUUUAUAAUUUAUGAGAGAAUGAAACCGGUUUGAAUCUUCAUGAAUGAACAUUUUGUGUGUAGUUGAUUCUAGACUAAGAACUAGUCCAUGCCGUUACUUUUUAUUUCCGUAAUUUUAGAAUCAAGUUUACUCACCAUUGUUCCCCAGCCGCCUCAGUGACUGGGCCCGUUUCUGGAGGACAGCGGCUCAGCGCCCACUGAGAUACUUCCUGGAGACCUCAGAAACACAAGUGCCUUCUCCACGGUGCAAUUCAGACUACAGUGAUCUCCAGGGGCCAAGAGACACUUACCCUUAAUAUCAGGUAGCGUUUAUAUUUAGUGAAGAAACAAGUUCACAGGUGGGGAAUAUAUGUUUCACUCAAAUUUGUAUGUUUGGAGGAAAAAGCCUUUUUUGUAAGAUAUUUAAAUUUAUAUAAGAAAAUGUUAGAAAAGGAUAUGGGGAGUGUAUAUAAAACUUGUUUUAUUGCAUGGGGCAGGGGCGCCCAGGGCCUAUUGCUCUUAAAGUAAGAGUAGGGUCCCUUAGUCUUCACAUCAGCUGUGCUGUAUCUUGUAAAGUAUUUUCAUCUGCUGCUUAUUUGUGGAAUGAAACCUCAGACCAGCCCAAUGGAGAAGGAAGGGCAGGCCAGGCAGGUGGAGGUCAGCCUGAAGAGUCUGUUAAACACACCCUUCUGCUGACUACAAUUGGCUACUGACACAUUCGUUCUGUUAAGAGGAGCCUUUAAAACAAAUCAUGGCGCUCACGCCCCUCCUCUCUCCUUAAGGAAGAAUAAUCUGAAACACAGAAUUUAAGAACUUUGGUUUCAUCCUUAAAGGUACCCAGUUCCGAGGGUUUUGCCGUGGAGUGUGUAGCCAUGUUGCAGUAUUUGUGAUUCUCUGUUGUUCUCAGAAUUGAGGUGGUUUCAUGGAAGUGAUUAUUAUAUCUUCAAUGUGUUUACACAAAAAAUACGGGGGAAGUCUAAUGAAUUAAGGCCACAUAAGAUAAAAUUAGACAUGAAACUAGGUAAUAAAGUUAACUUAAAUAUGAAUAAAAUCUCUAAAAAUUA